GCCGAUAUCAAGUCACAACUGAUUCGUUCGAAUUUGAAUUUGCACUUGAUUCCAACAUAUAAUCGGAAAUUCCAUGACAAAAAAAAGUGUAUCAAACUAUCCACACACUCGGUGUAUGUGACAACGUGGUUAAAAACCCCCAUAAAUGCAGUUGCCCUCGCCGGCUGGAAAUCCUGAAUCAAAGCGUCUGGCUUCAAAAUCACUCAUCUCUGAACAAUUUCACAGUCAUCUGCGUUAGUCUUCAAUGGCUUGGCCCCGAUUGGACCCGCAGUACGAACAAAGGCUCAGAGAAGAAGUAAUCUACCUCCACUACCUCUGGCACCAAGGCCCCCCACGAGCCGCCGCCGCACAGUCCUCCCUCCACCACCACCACUUGCAACCUCAGCAACCAACCCAAUUUCAGAGAGAGAGAAAUCAGGAGAAGAAAAGUUCCACACACCAGCCGUCCAAUUCGUCACCGGGGCCCGAAUGGGCGGUUCCCGACCCUCCGCCGCAGCCGCCAUCCGACGCGUGGCCCAAUCAAGGAGCAAAACUCGAUCGACAGCCUCUCACGCUCACCUCCGAAGAACAGUUGAAAUUGGCUGGAAAAAACGCUCACCAGCGGGCGCUCAAGCUCGUCACCGAGUUUUUUAGGUAUAGGGACGCCGACGAUGAUUCCGAUUCGAUUGGCAGCGUCACUGAAUGGGACGAAGACUUAUUGGAUGGGGACGACGGCCGGGAGGAGUACAGCUUUUUCUACAAGGUCUUCAAGGAGGACACGGAGCUUAGAGAGUAUUACGAGAAGAAUUUCGUGAGAGGAGAAUUUGGGUGUCUGGUGUGCGGGGCUCUUGGGGGGAAGAAAACGGGGAAGAAGUAUAAGGGAUGUUUAGCCCUCGUGCAGCACUCGACCAACAUAGCCAAGACGAAGAAGAAGACGGCCCACAGAGCUUUUGGGUUGGCCGUUUGUAAGGUUUUGAGCUGGGACAUUACUGAGCUCUCCAGCAUUGUUUCUUUGCUGGCACAGGGGAAGGAUGAUGGGGAGAACAAGGAGAAUUCAGUAGCUGUUCUCAACAAUGUCGUAUCUGUGCAGGGCAAUAUUGUUGAGGGAAAAAAUGAGGAAGCAGUUUCAGAAAGCAGACCUAGUGGUAGUGGAAUUUUGCCUGAUGGUGAUGAAGAGAAUAUGAAUCCUUCGUCGUGUUCUGAUGCUUAUAAAAAUUGGAAUAUCUUGGGAUGUUAUGAUGACAAUGAUACCCCAUUAGUUACCCAAACUGUUUUAAAUGUGGAGAUCGAUGCUGUAAAGGGUGAAAAUGACGAAGCAGCACCAGAAAGUGGUGCUGUUGGUGCUGGAGACUUGCCUAGUGUUGAUGGAAAUACGGGGAUUGAUAGUGGUUACGACAAGGAGAUCCCAUCGGCUUCAAUUGAAAAUGUAUUAACCGUAGAAGGUGAUGCUGUAAAGAGUAAAACUGAUGUAGUACCAGAAAGUGGUGCUAUUGGUCCUGGAAGCUCGUCUGCUGGUGAUGUUGGAGAUAUGGUGCCUGAAAAUGUUCUGAAUUGACGAAUAAAGACGAUGCAGCUUGAAAAAUCCAGAACCGGAACACGAUUGGCUGCAGGUGGUUCAAAAUCGAGCCCGGGUACCAAAUGUUUUGAUAAAUCGGAGUAAAAAUUGAAUGGCUGUACAGAGUUCUUUUUCCUUUUCUGAGUAAACUAAAACAAACUGCACUCAUGUGCAUUAAGUAGGUGAUGGUUGGUCAUUCCUAUUCUAGUACUGAUGCUAGAACUUUUGCUAAUGGUUGGUCAUUCUUAUUCUAGAUCACCUGCACGACAAAAAAACUUAGUUGAGCUCAAUUGCAUUAGAAAAAAAUAUAAAAG